AUGUUAUGUUGGGGAUAUUGGUCUCUGGGCCAACCUGGAAUCAGCACUAACCUACAAGGCAUUGUGGCCGAGCCGCAGGUGUGCGGGUUUAUAUCGGACAGAAGUGUCAAGGAGGUGGCCUGUGGAGGAAACCACUCCGUGUUCCUGCUGGAGGACGGGGAGGUGUACACCUGCGGCCUGAACACCAAGGGGCAGCUGGGCCAUGAGAGGGAAGGGAACAAGCCAGAGCAAAUUGGAGCGUUGGCAGAUCAGCAUAUUGUCCAUGUGGCAUGUGGCGAGUCCCACAGCCUGGCCCUCAGUGACCGGGGCCAGCUGUUUUCUUGGGGUGCAGGGAGUGAUGGUCAGCUGGGACUCAUGACUACUGAGGACUCAGUGGCAGUGCCCAGGUUAAUACAAAAGCUGAACCAGCAGACAAUCUUACAAGUUUCCUGUGGCAACUGGCAUUGCUUGGCUCUUGCAGCUGAUGGUCAGUUCUUCACCUGGGGAAAGAAUAGCCAUGGGCAACUGGGCCUGGGGAAGGAGUUUCCCUCCCAGGCCACCCCGCAGAGGGUGCGGUCCCUGGAGGGGAUCCCGCUGGCUCAGGUGGCUGCAGGAGGGGCCCACAGCUUUGCCCUGUCUCUCUCAGGAGCCGUUUUUGGCUGGGGGAUGAAUAAUGCAGGGCAACUAGGGCUCAGUGAUGAAGAAGAUCGAGAGUCCCCUUGCCAUGUGAAACUUUUACGAACGCAAAAAGUUGUCUAUAUUAGUUGUGGAGAAGAACACACAGCAGUCCUCACAAAAAGUGGAGGUGUGUUUACCUUUGGUGCUGGUUCCUGUGGGCAACUUGGACAUGAUUCCAUGAAUGAUGAGGUUAAUCCAAGAAGAGUUCUAGAGCUGAUGGGCAGUGAAGUAACUCAGAUUGCUUGUGGCAGACAACACACCCUUGCCUUUGUGCCUUCUUCUGGACUCAUCUAUGCAUUUGGUUGUGGAGCAAGAGGUCAACUAGGAACUGGACACACUUGUAAUGUGAAGUGCCCGUCUCCCGUGAAGGGUUACUGGGCUGCCCAUAGUGGUCAGCUUUCAGCCACUGCUGAUCGCUUUAAAUAUCAUAUUGUUAAGCAGAUCUUCUCUGGAGGAGACCAAACUUUUGUACUUUGCUCCAAAUAUGAGAAUUCUUCUCCUGCUGUUGACUUCAGGAUUAUGAACCAAGCACAUUAUACCAGUUUAAUAAACGAUGAAACCAUAGCAGCUUGGAAACAAAAACUCUCAGAACACAACAAUGCAAAUACAAUCAAUGGUGUUGUUCAGAUAUUAUCUUCUGCAGCCUGUUGGAAUGGAAGUUUUCUUGAAAAAAAAAUUGAUGAACAUUUUAAAACAAGUCCAAAAAUCCCUGGGAUUGACCUGAACUCAACGAGGGUAUUAUUUGAGAAGUUAAUGAACUCGCAACAUUCUGUGAUUCUAGAACAGAUCUUAAACAGCUUUGAAAGUUGCCUGAUUCCCCAGUUGUCAAGUUCACCACCAGAUGUUGAAGCCAUGCGAAUCUAUUUAAUACUACCUGAGUUCCCCCUGCUCCAGGAUUCCAAGUAUUAUAUAACGUUGACUAUUCCCCUGGCUAUGGCCAUUCUGAGGCUGGAUACAAACCCUAGCAAAGUAUUAGAUAACUGGUGGUCUCAGGUAUGCCCGAAAUAUUUCAAGAAGCUGGUAAACCUCUAUAAAGAUGCAGUUGUUUAUCUACUUCAAGGAAGAAAGACAUUCUUAAUUCCUGUACUGUUUAACAGUUAUAUUACAGCAGCUCUCAAGCUCUUGGAAAAGUUAUAUAAGGUAAACCUUAAAGUGAAGCAUGUGGAAUAUGAUGCAUUUUACAUUCCUGAGAUUUCCAGUCUUGUGGACAUUCAGGAAGACUACCUCAUGUGGUUCUUGCAUCAAGCAGGCACGAAGGCUAGACCAUCUGUAAUACAGGAUGCUGUAACACUUUGUUCCUACCCUUUCAUCUUUGAUGCCCAAGCCAAGACCAAAAUGUUACAGACAGAUGCUGAACUACAGAUGCAGGUGGCGGUCAAUGGAGCCAACCUGCAGAAUGUCUUCAUGCUUCUCACCUUGGAGCCUCUGCUGGCCAGAAGCCCCUUCCUGGUUCUUCACGUUCGCAGGAACAACCUCGUUGGCGAUGCCCUGAGAGAGCUGAGCAUUCAUUCUGACAUCGAUCUGAAAAAGCCUCUCAAAGUAAUCUUUGAUGGUGAAGAAGCAGUGGAUGCUGGUGGUGUCACAAAGGAGUUCUUUCUUUUACUGUUAAAAGAACUUUUGAAUCCCAUCUAUGGAAUGUUUACCUACUAUCAAGAUUCAAAACUCUUGUGGUUUUCAGAUACAUGUUUUGUAGAGCACAACUGGUUUCACCUGAUUGGCAUAACCUGCGGACUAGCCAUCUAUAACUCCACCGUGGUCGAUCUCCACUUCCCACUGGCUCUCUAUAAGAAGCUACUGAAUGUAAAUCCUGGCUUGGAGGACUUAAAGGAGCUUUCACCCACUGAAGGAAGGAGUCUUCAAGAACUUUUAGAUUACCCUGGGGAAGAUAUUGAGGAGACUUUCUGCCUCAACUUUACAAUUUGUCGGGAAAGCUAUGGAGUGAUUGAACAGAAGAAGCUGAUACCUGAGGGAGACAAAGUGACUGUGUGCAAGGAUAACAGGCAGGAAUUUGUGGAUGCGUACGUGAACUACAUCUUCCAGCUCUCCGUUCACGAAUGGUACACAGCGUUUUCCAGUGGCUUCCUCAAGGUGUGUGGUGGCAAAGUGCUUGAGCUCUUCCAGCCUUCGGAACUAAGAGCCAUGAUGGUGGGGAACAGCAACUACAACUGGGAGGAGCUGGAGGAGACUGCCAUCUACAAGGGAGAUUACUCAGCCACACAUCCCACUGUGAAACUAUUUUGGGAAACAUUUCAUGAGUUUCCUCUGGAAAAGAAGAAGAAGUUUCUCUUGUUCCUGACGGGCAGCGAUCGGAUCCCCAUCUAUGGCAUGGCGAGCCUGCAGAUUGUCAUCCAGUCCACGGCCAGCGGGGAGGAGUACUUGCCUGUGGCCCACACUUGCUAUAACCUCCUCGAUCUCCCCAAAUACAGCAGCAAAGAGACCCUGAGGGCGCGGCUGACCCAGGCCUUGGACAACUACGAGGGGUUCAGUUUGGCCUGA